CCGGGAAGGCGCCGUGCGCUCCCCUCCCGUUGCCGAUGUUUCUGCGGCCUUCUCAGCCUUCUCCGUCGGGCCAGCACCUGCCUAGCUGACCUCUCGGUAUGGCGCGCGGCAUCCGCUUCCGCUAUGCCGCGCGGCAUCCGCGUCUCGGCGCUGCCAGCAUGCGCGGACGACGCGCGCUGGCCGCGCCAACGUUUGCCCCCAAGGUGCUGUGUGCACGUAUUGGUUCGCAUGCACCUGUGGUUUUACACACGCACGUGCGCACGCAUGUGUGUCAUUCAAGGUCAUGUGUAGUGUAAUUGGCUGCUGUGCGGGAUCCGAACCACCCUGUCGCUAUCAACAGUAUUCUUCUCAUCGCCAUUUCCCUUGUUAGCGUCGUUCUCAUCCGUUUUCAUGACCAUCACUCCCAUUGCCAUCGUCCGUAAAGUUUUGGGAUUAGUGCCCUUUGACAUGGAGUAUUAGACAGACUGACUUUCCGCACGAGCUAGGUGCCAAGCCGAUCUCUCCAAUGAUCGUGCCAGACUUAUCUGAUAUUGUCCACCAAGUGGAGCUUAUUUGCAUUGCGGCCUGCGCCGCUAUGCUGCUGGGGCGCCUGGCUUGGCAGUUGUGGACCGAGGGCGCCUCAAGGUCUUGGUUUCACGAUUACUAUGUUCGAUUGCUCGCGUUCUCUACAGUCGUCAGGACGGUCAUUCUUGGGAAAGACGGCACUCAACAAUCUGUUCACAAGCGCAAGCAAUCCAUCAGGCUUGCCAUGUCACGGAGAAGCUACCAGUUCUUUUGUGUCGCAGCCGUCGGGGUAGUUUUCCCGAUCUUUUUCUUCCCCGCAGAUGACCGCCCGCAUACCGUUCCCAGGCGCUUGCAUUAUGCUUUCUCUGGGGUGAUAGUUGUGUCAGUCAAUGUGUUUCCUAGCUUGUUGACCCCAUCACGACUUCAUGUAUGGUAUUCCCUUCUGUCACUCUCACAUGCGAUUUCUCUGUCACCGCUGCUGCAAUUCGCGGAAUCGAUCAGCCCCCUCAAGUUUCAAAUAGUGUAUGAUUGCGUAAUGUACUGCAUGAUUGACUUCAGCCUUCCAGCGAAUUUGUUUUGGACGACACUCUGCUAUCUGUCCGCUGCGUCCACAGCGCUUGCUGGCAAAUCCAAUGGCAUGCCGUGCCACGACCCUAAAACCACAAAUGACGUGUUUCUUGCUUGGAUUGGGGUCGUUGUAUCUUUGGUUAUGUUGCACGUCGUGUUCUCAAUGGUGGUCAAUGCCCUCUUAGAGGCUCAAGCAUGUCGGAGCGAGUUGCGCGCCGCAAAGUCGAUCUUAGCAGGCGUUUGUGACGCCGUGGUCGAGCUCGAUGCCAAGCUGAUGCUCAAGUGGCCUUCCAAAAAGUUCGCGGCUUUGUUAAUGCAUAGCGAGCCUCGAUCUUUGGCGGGAGUGAAUAUAUCGUCUUUUUUUGCCGCAGAGGCCGAUCUCGAAAAAUUUGCCGAACACGUAACCUCCAGUACUGCGUAUGAUGAUUUCUGCACGGCUUUUCACGUCAAAUUGCGGGACACUUGUGGCAUCUUUGUGUCGGUGGAAGUUUUCUGCGUGCGCUUCCGUAGUGGUGAUGAAAAGGAGUCGUACCUUGUCGGCUUUCGAGAAUUCGCGGACCUGCCUCCACCAAGGACGCACCCGAGAGUGCCGACAAUGCCUAGUGCUGAAAUGAACAUGGAUGUUCAGAGCUGGGGUGCGUCGCACGAGACUGAACACGGUGAUUCUGGCACCAAUUCUGAAGGGGAGUCUGGCGUAUCGUCUUCUAUUUCCGAGGUUGCUGUUUGGGUCGACGGUAUGUCACCAGGGUUAACCAUGUUGCGUUGCACCACUGCCUUCGAGAUGUUAGUUGGCAGCUCUUGGGCGCACAUCUGUGCCACCCAGAGAACUCUUCUGCCAUGUACUCGGCCAGAUCAAGAACAAUAAAUUCGCGCAGACUCCCGACAGAUUAUUUUAAGACGUGUUUUAAAAUGCGACGCUUGUUUACGGUUUUAGGCGUCUGGAGCCUGAGUCUUGGCCAUAGGAUUAUCAGAACGUAAUCCUGAACCAGAAGAGCCUGCCCCCGGAUAGGGGUGGAGUGCUCCAGAUACCUCCGCAUCGGAAGCAUCACUGCGUCGGCGAUCCUGGAAUUGAAAGUCUGUUCCAGUCCAUCGGCUCCGGCGCACCUCUGGGCCCAGACCCCCGAUGUCGCCAUUUUUUCAUGACGUAGACCCCCAAAGGUCUGGAAACGUUCCCUGGGACUGGCUUCUCGACAUGAGCAGUGUUUGAUUGUCCCCAGGGACGGCAGGGCCCCC